AUACAAAAAAUAGUUAGCCAAUCAACACUGGAAAUACUUGUCAUUUUUAUUAAAAAUUUUAGAUAUUCCAGAAGCUGCCUUCCUGAUCCUUAAAAAUGGACGUUGAAACGGAACACAGUACGCCAUCUUAUGCCGUCUUCCUGGGAGCCAUGGGCGCCGCAUGCGCCAUUAUUUUCCCCACCUUGGGAGCUGCCUAUGGCACGGCGGCCUCCGGAAUCGGAAUUUCCGUAAUGGCGAUCAGCAGACCGGAUCUGAUCAUGAAGUCCAUCAUUCCUGUGGUUAUGGCGGGAAUUAUCGCCAUUUACGGCCUGGUGGUAGCUGUACUGAUUGCCGGAGCAAUCACCGAAGAGUAUACCCUUCAGAUGAGCCAUAUUCAUGUGGGAGCCGGACUGUCGGUGGGUUUUCCGGGACUGGCAGCCGGAAUCGCCAUUGGAAUUGCCGGAGAUGCCGGCGUUCGUGGAAAUGCUCAGCAACCGAAACUUUUCAUCGGAAUGAUUUUGAUCCUGAUCUUUGCAGAGGUCCUGGCGCUUUACGGGCUGAUUGUUGCCAUUUACUUGUAUACCAAAAAUCCAUAAAGAAAUUGCGACAAAAAUCUCCGAAAAAAGUUUAAAAAGGGUAUAAGAGUUUCUUCAUGAAAGUAAAUAUCGAUAGAAGACUUGAGUAUUUGUUAUCGAACUCGUGGGACAAUGGAAUUGAAACAUUAAGUUAUAAUAUUAUUAAAAAAUACACAGUUAUGGCAAUAAUAAACACUUAUUUGAAUAAAACAUAUAAUAAAUACA